CCCACCUUACGGUCAUCGGUUAAGAUUGUUUUAGUCUUCGACGGAAGUUGGUUUAGACAAUUAGUUUCAGAUUAGGAUCUAAAUUCCAAACACAAAACCAAAACCAAAAUGAGCUACUCGUGGGAUCAGCGUGUCGAAUUCAUCGUCCGUCACAUGUACGACAUUGACAACAAUGGCUUCCUGGACAACAACGAUUUCCAGUGCAUGGCCCUCCGCGCCUCCGUCAUUGAAGGCAAGGGCGACAUCAACCCGGCCCGUCUGAACGAAUACAAGUUCAUCAUGAAGUCGCUCUGGGAUGAGAUCUCCGCCCUGGCCGAUUUCGACAAGGAUGGCAAAAUCACCACCGAGGAAUUCAAACAGGCCGUCAAGCAGACCUGCGUUGGCAAGCCGUACGCCGAAUUCCCCAAGGCAAUGAAGGCCUUCAUUGAAGCCCAUUACAAGAUGAUGGACAUCAACAACGACGGUCUGGUCAGCAUAGAGGAGUACCGUUACAACUGCAUCACCAGAAUCGCUGUUGAUGAUAUCAAGGUGGUCGAUGACUCCUACAACAGCUUGGUCAGCGAGGAAGACAACAAGCGCGGUGGCAUCACCCUGGAGAGAUACCAGGAACUGUACUCGCACUUCCUUGGUAACGAGAACCCCAAGUGCCCGGCCGUCUACCUGUAUGGCCCAAUUCCGGAAUAAAUGUGUUGCACCAACAAACUCAUCAUCAGCUCAAAAGAUCAGCAUCAACAUCUUCGGCACAUCCACCCAUAGAGUAGAGGCAAGACCAUCAUUAGACAUUUAUGCUUAGAUAAGCUAAGACAUUGUACCACAGGAACACUGCUCCCGAGGGACAAAAGCACGAUACCAGCAGCCGCAUCGGCAUGAGACUUUUCUAAUGAAAAUUCACUGAAGCUUUCGUUAAACAUCAGAGCAGCGACCUGAAUGAUAACAGACUUCAUACACAAAUAACGGCAACGAAUAACAUCCAGGAAAAGCAACGGACAUGGUAGCUUAAUGGUACAAGCAAAUCUCACCACAUUAACAGCAACCGCACGAGCCAUUUAGAAAAAAAAUAUCCGCCCAGUUCUAAAUCAACUUCUAUCCAUCUACGUGUCACCUGUAGAUUCGAAAACUAAAACAUCUCACCACCGGACAGGGGUUUAGAGACGCGAUUUUUUUUCACUCGUUUGGCGUGCCAAUGGUUUGUUUAAGCAUAGAUGAAGCAGAUCAGUAGAAUCCCCAGUCAAACACGCGUUCCUUGCACUAUCCAUCGAACGUCGUCGUUUGCUGAAAGGUUAGGCAAGUGAAGACUUCAAGUUAUAUAUGACGCAAAUGCAUAUAGACAAAAGAGAGAAAAAAAAGGACAAAAACAUCCACUGAGAAGGAAGAAAACAGAUCAGAACCAGCUUUCCCCCGUUUGCAUGGAAAAGAAACAAAACGGAAUGGAUUUUUCAUAAUAAAACAAUUCAUCUACCAACCAAGAUCACGAGGAUAUGAAGCAUCUAAAUUCCUAUUAAAGAAACGAUACUCUGGUCUUUGAAUUUGAGAGCCGUCGAUUGAUCCGUUUGACUUGGUUAACGGGUUAUUAUCCGCAACAUCGGAAAAAAGGAGCAUAUAUAUCUCUAAAUAUACACGACAAAAAACAACCCAACUAAGCUACCAGACAGAACAAACAAGCAGCAGCAAACAGGCAGUCCCUCAAACGCAGCGACCCAGUCAAUGUGCAGUGUUACAUCAGAUUAAACCGCUCGCUUGCCUUUGCGUACCUUUACCAACAAAAAUGGAGGCAAAUGGAGCUUUUCCUUCCUUAUUAAACAUCAAUGCCAAACACAUUGUUGAAUGCAAUUCAUGGUACCCUGUCUUAGUGAAUGUCCAAAAGGUCAGACGUUAGGGCAAAGAGAAGAGCUUGCAAUAUCAUCCUUUCGCGAUCGUGACGUUAUCACUCGUCCGAGGCACAUUCUUCUCUCUGUCUGAUUUCGCGUUUUCGUCUUCGAUCUUUUGGCUCGAUCACUGGAAGCAGAUAAGCAUGGGUUGAUCCUAACACACUGUUGGCAUGCUGUUUAGGUUGGCAAAGCUUGCAAACAGCUUCCUGCCAGAAUAGGUACACUUGCAACAUAAUUGAUCAAGAAUCACGGCUUGCGUAUGCUUCAUGGUCGCGAAACAUGAUUUUCUGUGUUGAAACAUAACCAAAUUUUAAAUGCAACUCAGCUCCGUGCCCGUGAAGUGUCUUUCUCCAUCUGCACGGCAUAUGCAAGUAGCAAUCAAGCCUGUUAAGUCCGACAAGCAUCUGCAUGAGAUCUUUAGCCGUUAGCAAAACGGAAAUUCUUAUCGUCCUUCCAUUUUCCGUUUUGUCAGAUGCUACAAAACGGAAGGACCAAACCCAUUUGCUUUUUUUUUGUUAUUAACCAACGUCCCGACAGUCAUCUUUGGGAACUCUGUGGCAUACCGUCACCAGAGCGGAAAUGAGAGUUAUCAUGUGUUUUGCUGUGUUACUUUUUUUUUUUGUUUCAUUUUGGUAAAGGUUGCGAUCGGAUGUGCGAUAGAUGUGCGUCCAGGUGGUCCCAUCCUUUUGUGUACAUAGUACAACCUACUUUCCUACACCCGUAGCGUAAAGGCUAAACAUUGCUGUUUUUCACCUUGCAAGUUACCGGAAAAUGGGUUACACACUUUCACUGUGCGUCAUUUUCUUAUGGAGUCGGUAACAUGUACUGGAAAAAAACGACUUGUUGUCUUACACGUGGGAGUUUUGUUCUCUUUUCAAAAGCUAUAUUAACCGAAACUUAUUGUUUAACGAAUGAAUUGCAGCAAACGAUAUGCUUUUUAUAUUGUACUUUCUUUUUAUCGUUUUGUUUAACACUGUUUAAUUGACACGGAUCUGCUACUAACCUUUAGCUCGUAGACGGUUUUAGUAUUGACAAUGAUUUCAGUUCAGUUUCUAUGUUCAAGUAAACCCAGAAAAAAGAAAAUGAACGGAGAUGUGAAUGAUAAUAACCCCGAUGAAACCCAAAAAAAAAACAAACACAGACACACACAAGAUUACCCCAUCAAACAUAAAACUACAUUGAUCAAUUUCAUUUUACUUGUAGUGAAUAAUGAAA